AUCACGCUAACAACUAAAAUCACAAGGUUUAGCAAACACUUUUAAAAUAUAUGUAAUCAAUUAAGACACAUUAAACGAAAAGGGAAUAAAAGAAGAAAAAGAAAAAGAGCAAGAUUUGAUACUUGCUCUCGAGAGCAGAGACAGUACUCAAUCAUGACAUCCAUCAACUGGUAGUUGACCAUAAUCAAAUGCUGAUUUAACAGCUAAUUUUGUGUUUCUUUCUUUUUUCCACUCUCUUUUUAUUGUACUACUACUAUACAUUUUUCAUCACUCCUUCCAUUUCUCUCUGGUAUAAACUUCUAGCAUUUCUUGCUUCUUGCACCAUAUUUAAUUACACACACAAUCCUGACAAUGUCGACAAUGUUGUUGUUGCUCAUUCUCAUUCAUUCUCUCAUGUUUAUCACAACUUCAUCUGAUCUUACCACCGAUCGCACUGCCCUUCUAGCCUUUCGUUCCGCUGUGGGUGGCCGUACAUUACUCUGGAACACCACCAGUACCUCCCCAUGCAACUGGGCUGGCAUACAAUGCGAAAACAACCGUGUCACUGUACUCAGGUUACCUGCAUCCGCUCUCUCCGGUACACUUCCAGUGAACACAAUUUCCAACCUCACUCGUUUACGUACACUUAGUCUUCGUGUCAAUCGCCUUUCAGGUCCUCUCCCUAAUGAUCUUUCAAAAUGUGUUGAGCUACGUAACGUUUAUCUGCAUGGUAACUUUUUUACUGGCCCUGUUGGUUCUUCUCUAUCCGGACUUCACUCUUUAGUUCGGUUGAAUCUUGCUGAUAAUAAUUUCUCUGGUGAAAUUCCAUCUUCGUUUAACAAGUUGACUAGAUUGAGGACAGUUCUUGUUCAGAAAAAUCAGUUUUUUGGGUCUUUACCUGAGUUAAAGUUUCCUAAUCUUGAACAGUUUAAUGUGUCUUUUAAUAAACUAAAUGGUUCUAUUCCGAGAAGUUUGGAGAAAAUGCCUGUGAGUGCUUUUAUUGGGAAUUCACUUUGUGGAAAGCCUCUUGGUGUUUGUCCAAGAAAUAUGACUCAACCUGCUAUAGCUACUGCUGGAAUUGAAAUGGGAAAUUCCAACAAGAAAAAAAGGUUUUCUAGUGGAGCUAUUGCAGGGAUUGUCAUUGGUACCGUUGCAGGUUUUUUAAUUCUUUUGUCGAUUUUGUUGGUAUUAUUUAGGACGAAAACUGGCGAAAAAACGAGGUCUUUAGAUGUUCAAACAAUUAAGCAACAAGAAACAGAAGUUACUGAGGAGAAGCAAAUCGAGAAACCUGAAAAUGAAGGUGUAAAUAAUGGGAAUUUAGUGGCUGCUGGUGCAUCAUUGAGUAGUGGUGAUGAGAAUUGGGUUGAAAAUGGGGCUAAAAAGCUUGUGUUUUUUGGUGAUUAUUUUAAGGCAUUUGAUUUGGAGGAUUUGUUGAGAGCUUCUGCAGAGGUUCUUGGAAAGGGGACAUUUGGAACCGCUUAUAAGGCAGUUUUGGAGAUAGGUACAAUUGUUGCUGUAAAGAGAUUGAGAGAUGUGUCUAUAUCUGAAAGGGAGUGUAAGGAGAAAAUUGAAACAGUUGGAGCAAUGAAUCAUGAGAAUUUGGUGCCUCUCAGAGCUUAUUAUUUCAGUAAGGAGGAAAAACUUCUUGUCUUUGACUAUAUGCCUAUGGGGAGCUUGUCUGCACUUCUUCAUGGAAGCAAGGGGGCUGGCAGAACACCAUUGAAUUGGGAAAUCAGGUCCAGUAUUGGCCUCGGAAUUGCCCGUGGCAUCGAAUACCUACACUCUCAAGGUCCUAACAUCUCCCAUGGGAAUAUCAAAUCAUCCAAUGUUCUUCUCACCAAAUCAUACGAAGCACGCGUCUCAGAUUUUGGCCUAGCCAACUUAGUUGGCCCUCCAUCCUCCCCAAUUCGAGUAGCAGGAUAUCGUGCUCCAGAAGUAACCGAUCCUCGCAAGGUUUCCCAAAAGGCAGAUGUCUAUAGCUUUGGAGUAUUACUCUUGGAGCUUCUUACUGGCAAGGCACCAACUCAUGCCCUUUUAAAUGAAGAAGGUGUUGACUUGCCAAGAUGGGUUCAAUCGGUUGUUCGCGAAGAAUGGCCUUCUGAAGUUUUCGAUAUUGAACUCCUAAGAUACCAAACUGCUGAAGAAGAGAUGGUGCAACUAUUGCAGCUAGCAAUAGAUUGUACAGCUCAAUAUCCUGAUAACCGGCCUUCAAUGAUCGACAUAUCUAAGCAAAUUGAAGAGCUUCGACGUUCAAGCUUAUAUGAUGAUAAUCAUGCACACUCUGAUCUUGCUAAUGCAACAGAUUGAAGUGGUCCUUAUUAGUCUCUCAAGAUGUGUAGUAAUUAAGCUAAAAGUCAGUUUCAUCACCCAAUAUAAUAUACAGCCAAUUUUUUAAGCAUAUUGAACUUCUUGUUUCUUGUUUCAGUUUGAAUUUACAGGUUAUGGCCCAUUUUCCUCCAAAGUUUCUAUUGUAGUGGCACCUUUCAUUUUCUUUUGGGGGGCCAAUAUCUGUACCAUUUAUUCUUGUUGGGUUGAUAAUGCUUUUUGUAAUUAUUACUACUUCAGCUUUUACUUGUUGCUUUUUCUGUUCUUACCGUCAAUGGCAGUUAUCUGAAAAUAAGAAGCAUGCGUGCAUGUGAUUCAUUCUGGA